AUGAAGACCGUUGCGUUUGUUCUCCUGGCCCUCGUGGCGUCGGCCUCGGCCAACGGCCAGCUGCCCGAUGUGUCCGGCAUUGCCAAGCAGGUGAUCGACACCAAGACCAGCCUGCUGGGCUCUCUCACCAACAAGACCGUGCCCACCAUCCCCAAGAUCGACAUCCCCAAGAUCACCAUCCCCACCAUCUCCAUCCCCAAGAUUGAGAAGCCCACUAUCGCCUUCCCCAACAUCUCGAUCCCCAAGAUUGAGAAGCCCACCAUCACCAUCCCCACCAUCUCGAUCCCCAAGAUUGAGAAGCCCACCAUCUCCAUCCCCAAGAUCGACAUCCCCAAGAUCGAGAAGCCCAGCUUCUCUAUCCCCACCAUCGCCUUCCCCGACCUCUCGAAGCUGUUCAGCAAGCCCGCGGCGCCCGCUGCUCCCUUCGAUGUGGCCGCGCUCAUCGGCGGUCUGACCAGCACCAAGACCAGCCUGCUGGGCUCGAUCACCAACAAGACGGCGCCCGCCAUCCCGUCGAUCCCCAAGUUCCAGAUCCCCACCAUCCCCAAGAUCGACAUCCCCAAGGCUGCCCCUGCCAACAAGACGGUGCCCGACGUCGCCGCCCUGAUCAACCAGAUCAUCGCUGGCAAGGGUGCCCUCGUGCAGCAGGUGGUCAGCGCCAAGACUGAUCUGCUGGGCUCUCUCACCAACAAGAGCGCCCCGUCGAUCCCCAAGUUCCAGAUCCCCACCAUCCCCAAGAUCGACAUCCCCAAGGUCGAGAAGCCCACCAUCACCAUCCCCACCAUCUCCAUCCCCAAGAUCGAGAAGCCCACCUUCACCAUCCCCACCAUCUCCAUCCCCAAGAUCGAGAAGCCCACCAUUGCCAUCCCCACCAUCAGCAAGCCCGACCUGUCGAGCCUGCUGGCCCCGCUCUUGAACAAGACGGUCCCCACCAUCCCCAAGAUCGACAUCCCCAAGAUCACCAUCCCCACCAUCUCGAUCCCCAAGAUUGAGAAGCCCACCAUCGCCAUCCCCACCAUCUCCAUCCCCAAGAUCGAGAAGCCCACCAUCUCCAUCCCCACCAUCUCCAUCCCCAAGAUUGAGAAGCCCGCCAUCUCCAUCCCCACCAUCUCCAUCCCCACCUUCGGCAAGGGCAGCAAGGGCAGCCGCAAGCUGGCCCUUUGA